AUGUCGCUUUGUCCGUCGUCGUCUCAUCAGCUCGUCGCGGCGGCGAUCGCGUUUCGACGCGCCCGUCGCAAAUUCCCGAAGGACUUCGGCCUUGAGAACGCGGCCGAGUGUGCAUCUGGCAAGACGGACGCGUCUUUCCAGGCGGAAAUCGCGACGAGCCGCGAAGGACUCAUUAAUCAAGCGAGAUCGAGCUCCUCGCUGAUGAGGCGCGCGUGCGGGUCAAGAUCCGAUUACGUUUGUCCGGCGGGUGUGCGAGGACUCUGCGAUUACGAGCACCCUUACGCCGGCGAGAACCUGAUCGUCAGUUGCGCUUGCUGCCGGAACGGAAGAAGCGGCGAGGACAUCCCAGCGCUGCGGGACGAGUGCAGCGGCGGAGACGGAAUCGAUACCGUGCCGAGCAGAGAGCGCGAGGAGGUGCCAGCGACGUCGGCCGCAGAUAAAAAUGUAUCUGCGAAAGCCGCCGAGCAUGACAGGUGCGACAUGGCACCAAGGGCAACGAGGGCCGAAGAGGAGGCUGCUAAAACGAUGGAAUGGAUCUCGCGGUGCGCGCGCGGUUCAACGUUCUACCAUCACCGUAAAGCGCGCUGCUCGUCGAGGCCGUGCUCGAGCUUGGCUACUGGCGGUCUAACGCGCGAUGCAUCCUUCCGAGAGAACGGCAGGAUCGCGUCCGGCGAGUCCUCCGCCGACAAGGGCAAGGACUUUGCGUCAUUGAGCUGUCACGGCACGUCCGUCGGUCUCGACGACGGCGUCGCGGAGAACGUUGUUACCAGCGACGGGCUUCGGACUCACAGUUCGAGUGCCGAGGACGCAUGGACGAAACUGAAUGCCUUGACGCCUCGUCGGAGGACCGCGGACUCGUCCUGCCGAUGUCGAUGCGAGGAGUCUCAUCCGCGCGAGGAGCCCACGCCGGAUCUGUCGGGCUCGUCGUGCGAGCAUUACUGCGACGACGGCUGCCGUCAUCACCGUCGCGACUGCUUCCAUUGCUGUUGUCGGCUGAGUCGGCGCGACUCGUCCGCGAACGCGGAAGGAUUGAUGAGAUGCGAGACGCGCGGUCGUAUCUACGACGGGCUGGCUCAAAAGCACAAAAGCUGGCGCGAUGGCGAGAGUCGAUUGUACGCGCUACGCUCCUGCUCCAAGGACUUCGGUACAAUGUCCGCCGAUCGCGAGUACAAGGACGAAGAGCGCGAGAACCGGUCCAAGAACGAGGAAGAGAGGGAUGAGGAUGGGGCGAACGAGGACGACGAGGAGGAGGAUGACGACAACGUGGCCGUUAUCAAUCACAAGGACUCCAUGUGCAUCCUCGCUGAAAAAUAUAAAGCCGGCAGGAGGUACCGCGGUGGAGGCUGCGAGGACGAGGCAGACAGGACGGGCGAGGACGCGUGUAACAAAUCGUUGACUUCGAAAAUCAUCGAUCAGCCGGAGCUAACUGAGAGUUUCAUGAGCGCAGCCCUACGUGGGGACGCGAGCGUGAAACACGUUUGCCGAGCACAUUGCGAGAGCUGCGGGACCGUGAUCGCAAGUGCGUAUAAUCGCGGAGGCGGAUACGUGCCGUCAGAAAUUAAAUACGAGCGACCGAAAGCCCCUUCGGGCGACCUGGCUAGCACCAUUCGAUGUUGCUCAAUGCGGGCGCCUUGUAAACGCACCUUCUGA